AACACAGUCUAUAUACUUCACAACAACUCAUCUUUAUAUAACCUAAUUGCAUAGAUGAAUACCAAGCCCGUUUUCUUCUUGUGCUUCCUCUGCGCACUGCUUCUCAUCUCUGUUGUGGCAACUGAGCCAUCCAAAGAUGAGACACAAGCAGAAGAACCAAAGACACAGCCAGAUGCCUGGGGAAGAGGUGGAAGUGGGGGGCAUGAUGGAAGCUGGGGACACGGUGGAGACUGGGGGCAUGGCGGAGGAGGACACGGUGGAGGACAUGGCGGAGGAGGACACGGUGGAGGACAUGGCGGAGGAUGCAGAUGCUGCGGUCGAAAGGGCUGCAAAUGUUGCUGAAGUAAAAAUCACAAAUAUAUGAACUGAACACACUCAUAUACUUGAGUGUACUCCAUGUAAUAACUAGUAUAUAUGUAAGAAAUAAGAAAUAAAAGCAUGGACUCUAUCCGUGCUUGGGCUGGCAUAGGUUGAAUGUUUUCCGCCAACCAUGCAUGUAGUUGACACAUCUUUUUACUAUACAGCAUAUAUAUUUCUACCC